CGUCUACAUCGUCUCAGCAACUCGAACAAUCGAACAGUAAAUUCUACAAAGUGUGUAUUUCGUAUUUGAGACAAAUACAUAUUGUGACAAAGAUGCUGAGACUCUGGGCAUGCCUGCUCCUAGUCUGUGCCGCUCGAGCGGUGCCAUUCUACAGCGACUUUAUGCAACAUUUAACACGACCAUUACCGCUGCAUCGCACGCUGUUUGCGCCCAUACCAUUUGCACCACUAGCACCGCUAGAACCACUACACGCUCAGCCGUCCGAGCGUGUGGCGAGCGUUUGGGCAGCGCCCCCGCCCGUCCCGCUAACGGCACAGCAUUCACGCCACCACCAAGCCACCUUAGCUAAUGCGCCCCUGUUGCCAAUCUUCAGUAGCAACUUUGGCAGCGAUGGCAUCACCGACACGGAGUUUGUGCCCCUCGAGCAGCAGCAGCAUUCGCAAGCUCGCCAGGAUGUGGCAGCAGCAGCCGCAGCUGCCUCCACCCAGGGCUUGCACCCGAAGCCGUUCAAUGUCGAUGCCAUCACCACGGAUGUGAAUUCACCCAAUCCGGCUAUAUUCUUCCAGCAAUCAUUCCCCUUCUUUGGCAAUGACUUCAUCAACUCUUUUGGUGGCUUCGGAUUCGGCAACACCCAGGAGCCAUGGUGGAAGGGACCCAAUGUGUGCACCGAGAAGGAGGAAAACGAAGGCGCAAACGCGGAAACCGAUGGUGAUGACACCGUUGACAGCUUCGGUCAGGAACGUGAUGGGGCUGGAAGCGAAGUGCGUUCGCCGCUCUUUGGCCAGUUCCACUUCAGCGUGAACUCCUGCUUCGAGAAACCCAACAAGCACGUCUGCACCAAGAUCGUCAAUCAAAAUGGCAAGAAGAAGACGCUGACAAUGACACGUCAAUGCUGCCACGGCUAUGGUCGUCCACGGAACGCCGACUUCACCACACCCUGCGAGAAGAUCGAGAUCAAGGAUAUCGAAGCCACCGCCGCCGAUAUGGGCGCCAAGCAGUUCAUCGAGAGUGCCAAGAGUGCCGGCCAGCUGGGCGACAUGCUCGCCAGCGGCAGCGGCAAGAAGGUAACGAUCUUUGCGCCCAUCGAUGCCGCCUUCCAGGAGUACCGCGGCCAGCAUCAGCAGGAGAACAAUGUGGAUGAUGGCAAGGCCGAUGCAACGGGAAAGUCGUCGAUUUACAAGCUGCACUCGGUGCUCGGCGAGGUUCAGCUGGAGGAUGUGCCCAACGAGAAGCUGCUGCAGAGUGAGCUGCCCGGCCAGAAGAUACGCAUCAAUAGCUAUCAAUUGCCGCCGGCACUCGGCCUGGAGCCCUAUCGCUAUGCAGCCAAUUGUGUGCCCAUUGAGAAGCACGACAAGCUCUCGGAGCAGGCACUGAUCCACACACUCGGUGGCGUGCUCAAGCCCCUGACCAAAAACGUUAUGGAUCUGAUACGUGAGCGCGCCGAUAUGUCCAUCAUGCGCACCGUGCUGGAGAAGACGAACAUCAGUGCCCUGCUGGAGGCGGACAAGCCAGUCACCAUCUUUGUGCCCACGGAUGCGGCCUUCGACAAGCUGGAACCCCAUCUGCGACGUGCCCUGAAGGAAGGACGCGGCUGUGCCUCCAAUAUACUGAAGAAUCACAUUUUGGAUCUGACCUUCUGUUCGCUGGCGACGCUGCCCGGUGCCAAGACUACCGCCUACAACCUGCUGGGUGAGCCACUGCUGCUCAAUCGCACCCAAAGUGCCCAGAAUCAGAGCGAGGAGGCCACGAUCUACAUUAACAAAGUCGCUAAGAUUGUGGAUGCUGAUAUUAUGGGCACAAAUGGAGUACUCCAUGUGAUUGACACCAUUCUGCCCACCGAAUCGGCGCUGCCUAUGACCACUUUGAUGACGCAGAAGAAUCUAACAAUUUUCAAGGGUCUUCUGGAGGCAUCUGGCUUCGAUGAUCGGUUCGAUGACAUGGACAAUGUCACAAUCUUUGCGCCCACGGACAAGGCGAUGCAGAAAUCGGAAUGGGCACGUCUGCUUGCCGAGCAACCGGGUUCACUGAGGAAUAACGCAGACUUGAUGGAGUUCCUCAACUAUCAUGUGAUCAAGCCGAUGAUCAAGACCUGUGAUCUGGCAGAGAGUUCGUUGCCGACUUUGGAGGGCGGAAAUGUUCGCCUCAAUCUGUACUCCACCCAUGCUCUCUUCUCGGACGUAAUGAACCGGGCCACCGUCAACUGUGCCCGCCUGGUCCACUUCGAUGACGAGAGCUGCGGCUCCGUGCUGCAUCAGGUGGAUCGUCCCCUCACAGUGCCCAAGACGAAUCUGCUUAAAUCGCUGGAGGCCAAUCCCAACUAUAGCAAAUUCCUGGAGCUGGUGCGCAAGGCCAACUUGACCCAUCUGCUGGCCAAUGAAUCCGACAGCUUUACGCUGCUGGUGCCCAAGAACGAUGUGUUCGAGGAGUUCAGCGAAUCGAACGAAUCGAAGGCGUCACAGAGCCAGUCCGAUCUCGUCGCACUCGUGAAGACGCACAUCGUCAACGAUGUUGUGUGCUGUGCUGGCAUCAUACCGACCAAUUGGCCAUUCGUUCGCUCGAUCGAGUCGAUCUCGGGUCAGCAUCUACGCAUCACUCGCGAUCGCCGGCCCAAGAUCGAGAAUGCUGGUGUCACCAAAUGCGAUGUGAUCGCCACCAAUGGCAUUCUGCACGAGAUCAACGACAUCAUUGUGGCCCGGCCCGUGCAGCAGAAUCGUCGACCACAGCUGGUGCCCGGCAGCUAUCAGCCACAAGGCCACGAGUUUGAGGGCUUCUUCUAAAGAUCGAUGUUCUUGAGUCGAUCAUCUUUCUCUCUGUUUUGUGUGUAUCUCUUUCUUUGUCUGCAACAUAUGCAUAUACAAGUAUAUAUAUAUACAUAUAAAUAUAUUUAUAUUAUUUUAUAAUUAUUUGUCAAUGAUUGGACACUCACAUGAAGCAACUAAUAUCUGCACUUGCAAAUCUCCCUGAUAAAUAAAAUACAUAGUUUUACACAAACAAA